UUUCAUAAAUCCAAUAUGGUGUUUCGACGCGUUGUUUUCUUAUACAUAUCUUGUUUGAAAUAAGAGCCAGGGACCUACAUGUGAUGUGUGACGAAUACUUAUUAGUAAUUUAAAUAUUUUACGAUGUUCAAUUAUGUUUAUAAAAGUUUUCAACAGGUAAUGACUGUUCAAUGGUAAAAAAUGGUCCGAAAGUGUUGCGCUUGUUUCAAAGGUUGCGGCAAGGGGGAAAAGAUAACCUUACACAAUAAUCAACGAAUAAAAAGUAAUGAGCUAUGCAAAUUUACAAUGCAGAUUUCCUAGAGAUCAAUUUGUUCGGCGACAAUGGGUGAAUGCAAUUCAACGUAAAAACUUUAUGCCAAGCAAUACAAGUGUUCUAUGCAGCAGACAUUUCACCGCUGAAUGUUUUACAUAUGGAAAGUCUGGCAGCCAAAAAAGGGUAUUUAUAAAACCGAACGCAGUUCCUACGCUAUUUCCACCGAUAACACAAUCCAGGAGAUCCUUAAUGCGAUCGAUACUUCCACCUCCAAGCAAAACAGAAUGUUCUGAGAAUGGAUUUCUUGCGAGUCAAUCGAGCAAUCCUGAGGAAUAUGUGAAGUUGGAAGCGCAAGCGUAUACCGAUACCAAUGUCAGUGAGGCUGGUAUGUCGAUAGAAUCAGCAGAAAACGUAUUGGACAUGGAGUUCCUAAAAGAGCAAGGUAGCUCCAUAGACUGGGUUGAACAUUUUGACCAAAGCAAUAGCUCACCGGCACACGUCAAUGAACAGAGUGCCUCUAUAGACUGGGUUCAGCAUUGUGAACGAAGUAACGACUCCAUCACACAAUACAAUAGAGAGUCCAAUCCUCCAUCGUUCGCUGAAGAACAAAAGAAUUGUGAUGAUAGUGACGAUGUAUUUGAGUUUAAAUCAAGAAGAAGAAUUCUUAAGAAUUUAAACUCGGCAUUGAGCCGUAUAGCAGCACAGCGGAAAGAGCUAAAAAUUGUAAAACAGAAAAAUAGGCUACUUGAAAAACGUUUAUCCAUACUUAAAGCACUGUUAACGCAUGUGUUAAGUGAAAAAAUACUUUCAGAAGAUGAAAACAUCUCAGAUUCAGAAUCAGAAUCGGAAAUUUGGAGUGGGUGAUGCUAGAUGCUGGGUUUUCUGAACACCAUACAGAACUUUAACUUCAAUCGGGCUUACUAAUAUGGUCUAAGGAUGCAGUAUGUUUUUUUAUUUGUUUGUUCAGCUAGGUGAAUUUUCGAUACCUAUUCGCUAAUGUGCUUACAUGCAUUUCAAGCUGGAUAGUAACCUUGCAAAUCGGAGAAACAAAUUUUUACUUUGUGUUGAAAUAUAUUUUGUCACCGAUAGAGGUACAGGUUUCUUUUUUUUUUGAAUAAGUUGCUUAUCAAUGCUUCGAAAUACUAAAUUAAGCGACAGGACUAGUGUCUUGUUUCAGAAAUUCCAAAUAAGCAACACAUUUAGUGAGGACCCAAUUGUCUAUGCCGCAACAAGACGCAGCAAGUUUCAUUAUUUUGAGGCAAAUACAAAAUGAACCCAUUUCCAAAGCUAAAGGCAUCCUUUCAAUAGCUGGUUUUCUUCGAGAAAGAAUGAUUUCUUCAGUCUUUUAAUUAAUCAUUAAAAUUUGAUAAUUGUCGAUGGAACAAAGAAAUUUUAUCUUUAGUUUGAUUUGACAACUCGGAGUAACUUCGAGCAAAUUGACAAAUCUAACAAAGCUGAUCUGUAUGGAUAAUAAUAAAAAAUGUGCGAAUA